GGCUCAUUUGGCACCAACUUCGGAAGCAGAUUCUACAAAUUGCAGCAUUGAACAGGCGCAGCUCAGCAUUGCGCUCAGGCAACCCGUAGCCACCAUCAUGGCGGAGUCGGGUACUAACUGGGCCCGAGCGUCCGGUUCCCUCGUCAUCGUCUUGUUGCUUGUGGGCCUCGUUGGCUCCCAACUGCUGGCGUCCGAGGAGCAGCCGCAGCUCCUAGGUCGCAGAAGCCUACAAGAAAGUGUCCGCCGGUUCCUAGCAGUAAACGACAUCUACGUGUUGAACAGCACCUACGAUGUGAACACCACCAGUGUGACUGUGGUUGGGACCGCGAUUGGGCCCAACGCCAGUGUCACAGGUUACUGGAGCACAAGAGGCAGGCAGAUCUUGGACUUCUAUGGAAAGGAGGUGUUUUUCUCCGGCGUGAGCUGGAACGGGCUGGAGAACAUCGACGGCGCCCCCCACGGGCUGUGGGCGCGCUCGUGGCAGUCCAUGCUCGACCAGAUGAUUGGCCUCGGCCUCAACGUACUGCGGCUGCCCUUCUCUGGGAGCAUCCUGGCGGGGGGGUACAUGCCCCAGAACAUCAACUACUACGCCAACCCAGAUCUCAGGAACCUGACUUCCCUCCAAAUCAUGGACGUGAUCGUGCGGGGCGCGGGUGCCCGCGGCAUGAAGGUGUUCCUGGACUACCACCGCCUGAACGCAGGCUAUGAGCACGAGUGGGGCCUCUGGUACGACGCCAACACGUCCGAGACGCAGUGGAUCAACAACUGGCUCUUCCUGGUUGACCGCUACAACAACGACUCCACUGUUGUGGGGGUGGACCUGUUCAACGAGCCCCAUCACGACGAGGCCAAGCCGCCCGGCCACCUGGGGCCCGAGUGGGCGCCGGACGGCGUCAACGCGACCAUCAACUGGAGGACGUCCGCAAUCAGGUGCGCCAACGCGAUCCACAAGGUGAACCCCAACCUGCUGAUCGCGGUGCAAGGCCUGGACUUAUACCGCGGCCAGUACGGCCUGUGGGGCGGUGUCUUUUUGGGCCAGCUGGACGCGCCGCUCAACCUGACCGUCCCCAACAAGCUCAUCUUCCAGACGCACGACCUGGGGCCAUCCACCUUCAACCAGUCGUACUACAACGCGCCCGACUUCCCGUCCAACCUGCCGGCGCAGUGGGAUCGCAUGUGGGGCUUCCUUUGGGACCGUAACAUCACUCCCGUCUGGGUCGGCGAGUUCGGGGCCAAGUUCGACCCAUACUGCACCAGCGACCGGUGCGCGGUCGUCUUCAGGCAAGAGCAACUGUGGCUGGGCGAGCUGGUGCGGUACAUCCAGAACAAGAGCCUGCCCUGGACGUGGUGGUCGUGGGACCCGACGUCCGAGGACACGGGCGGCCUCCUCGCGGACGACAUGCAGACGCUGCGCGCCGACAAGUACGCCUACAUCCAGAACCUGACAUACCCGGGGUUCAGCAUCCGGAACGCCUCCACCAGCCUGCCCACCGGCAUCCGCACAACCGGGGCGUAACGGGGAAGAUGCAGUGCCGGGUUACAGUAGACAAGAUAGCGCGCCGACAUAUCGCCGUUGAGUAAUUACGUGCUCGUUAGAGGACCGUCUAACCGGGCCGCAAAAGUGGACCCUUCGCUCUUAUAGGUUUCCAAUUUUGUAGAGUUGACUAGGACUACUGUAGUGUCUCGUAAUAAAUUAUUCUGCGACUUGCAACCUAUCCUUGCACAGUCGAGCAAGGUGGCGAGCUUUGCCACUUGACUCCAUCCAAAUACCUUUAGCAAGUUAGGGUCGCCUGGGUUCAUGCCCUAGUUCGUUUAGUCCAGACUAAUGGAUUUGAGACAAAAGAAGACCAAUAGACAAUUUGCAUGCAAUAAGAAUAUGGAACCUUUAGCUAGCAGUUUUUGGUGAUACACAAGCCUGGCCGGCCCAAAAACGCAUUCUGACGGUCAUCGAGAUGCAAGUCCGGCUGCAAUUCGACCACAGCAAACGCAAGGAUUGCAUUCGUGCAUAAAGCACCA